GUUCGGCUUUAAAUGAAAGGAGGGUAGGCCAUUUUCCCUCCAACUUGUCCCCCGGGAAAAUUUCAAAUUCCAAGUCCUCUCCCAAACACUAAAGCAAUGCUCUCAAGAUCAUCGGCAUCCCAGCUUACAAACCGCGCCGUCGCGGGCGCCGUUGACGAAGACGACGAUUUUCAGGUUCUCCCAACUCAAACCCUUUCAGCUUCCUUAAGAUCUACCUCACGCAAAAACCCCCUUAAACCCUCCAACACUCCUCAUACUCCCUUCAAGAAACGCAAACGCUCCGCUAAUCCAGGAAAAGAAAACGCCGUCGUUUCCACCAUUCCGGAAACUAGAUCCGACGAUAUCACCGAUCUGGACGAUACUUGCGGCCUGGAUCUAAUACCUUCCAGCAUGGAUUGUAGUGUGGAGUUGAAUUCUGCUCAAAAUAUGGAAUCUGGAACUGUAAAAUGCGACGAGAAGAAAAAUGAGUCAUUGGAAUUGAAUAAGGGUUAUUUGUGUAAUUCAAUAGAGUCGAGAUUAAUAAGGCCGGUAUCGGAAUUAAGCGAGGGAUUCAGUGAACAUUGUGAAGAAGAUAACGAGCUUGAUGAGUUACUUAAGCUAUGCGACGAAGUGAAGGAAGAAGAAGAGUCGCAAGAAGAAGCCAAUAGCAUUGAAGAGGAAAGAAAUGGUCUAGACAACGAUUCUGUUCCGUGUCCGCUUUGUGGGGUUGAUAUUUCGCAUUUGAAUGAAAAGCAGCGUCUGGUUCACACCAAUGAUUGUCUCGACAAGGUGGAGAAUCCGGCUCCUACAGUUGUUGUUCAACCUGGUGUUGAUAAAGAGCUUCAUUUCCUUCCUGAGGUUGUGAAUGUUCCCCAUUUGUCUCCUCGACAAGCUGUUGAUGUCUCCCCUGUUGUUAACUGGCUAAAUGAUCUUGGAUUAGCAAAAUAUGCUGAAACUUUUGUCCGAGAAGAGGUUGAUUGGGAUACUCUAAAGUGGUUGACCGAAGAGGAUUUGUUAAACAUAGGUGUUACUGCACUUGGCCCUAGGAAGAAGAUUGUGCACGCUCUUAGUGAACUCAGAAAAGAAGGUUCCCAUCCAGCUGAGUCACAUGUGAGUCAUCCCAGUCAUGAAAGCGGAUCAGCCAGAAGCAACAGACGAAAGAUGCAAACUGGGCUUUCUAAUGUUGCAGACGAUGAAACAACUAAGCCAGCUGCAAACAAGUUAAUUACAGAUUUUUUUCCUGGCUUGGUUUCUGAUAGGAAGAAAGUUUGUGCUCCACCAAGAGGACAGCAUUUAUCAGGCAAAGGACAGCAAACAUCAGGCAAAGGUCAACCAAAUUCUGGUCGAAGGCCAGUGCAGAAAAAUCAUGUUAAAGAUGGAAAACUUAAAAAUAUUCCUUCAUGGUGUUGCAUUCCUGGGACACCAUUUCGAGUGGAUGCUUUCAGAUAUCUCAGAGGAGAUUGUUCCCACUGGUUUCUAACACACUUCCAUAUGGACCAUUAUCAAGGUUUAACCAAGUCUUUUCGUCAUGGUAAAAUUUACUGCUCCUCAAUCACAGCACGGCUUGUAAAUUUGAAGCUUGGAAUCCCAUGGGCGAUGUUGCAAGUUUUACCUCUCAAUCAAAAGAUCAAUAUUUCUGGUAUUUACAUAACAUGUCUGGAUGCAAAUCACUGCCCAGGAUCCAUCAUGAUACUCUUUGAACCACCAAACGGUAAGGCUGUUCUACACACAGGAGAUUUUCGCUACAGUGAGGAAAUGGCAAGCAUGUCUAUUUGGAAUACCUGUCCCAUAAAUACUUUAAUCCUUGAUACAACUUACUGUAACCCUCAGUAUGACUUCCCAAAGCAAGAGGAUGUAAUACAAUUUGUCAUCGAGGCAAUCCAAGCAGAGACUUUCAACCCAAAGACGCUAUUUCUAAUCGGCAGCUAUACAAUUGGAAAGGAGAGGCUAUUCUUGGAGGUCGCGUGUGUCCUUCGUAGAAAGGUUUACAUCACCGCAGCAAAGCUCCGUCUAUUGGAAUGCUUGGGGUUCUCAGAGGAAGACAUGCAGUGGAUCACAUCUAAUGAUCAGGAAAGCCAGAUCCAUGUUGUCCCUAUGUGGACACUUUCAAGCUUCAAACGACUGAAACAUGUAUCUAAUCACUAUGCGCGUCGGUUCAGUCUAGUGGUUGCUUUCUCUCCUACGGGUUGGUCCUUUGGUAAGGGCAAAAAGAAGUCUCCUGGGAGAAGGUGGCAGCAGGGUACCAUCAUAAGGUAUGAAGUACCUUAUAGUGAACACAGCAGCUUCUCAGAGCUCAGAGACUUUGUUAAACUUGUAUCUCCAGAAAACAUAAUACCAAGUGUCAACAAUGAUGGGGCAGAUUCUGCUAAAGCCAUGAUAUCCCAGUUGCUCUCUUGAUUUGUUCUCCACUUUAAUCUCUCAAGCAGCCGCAUUAUGUC